CUCGUGAACUGCGUCUCCUUUGCCAUUUACCACUUUUCCCCCAAUUCUCUUCAGGCCAUGGCUGCCAGUGCCUCCACCUCUUCAUCUUCUUCCUUCCAUCCAAGCUGGACCUAUGACGCCUUCUUGAGUUUUAGAGGCGAAGACACGCGCAAGAACUUCACCGACCAUCUCUAUUUUGCUCUAAGAGAUGCUGGAAUCAACACCUUCAGAGAUGACAACGAGCUUCGAAGAGGAGAGGAUAUUACAUCCGAACUGUUGUCGGCAAUACAAAGGUCCAAAAUCUCUAUCAUUGUCUUCUCCAGAAACUACGCGGCCUCUAGGUGGUGCUUGGAGGAACUUGUGAAGAUCAUGGAGUGCCGAAGAACAGUGAGGCAGCUGGUUCUACCUAUCUUCUAUGAUGUUGAACCGUCGGAUGUGCGCAACCAAACGGGUAGUUUUGCUGAAGCAUUUUUGAAACAUGAAGAGCGUUACUUGUUGGACAUAGACAAGGUACUGAGGUGGAGAAGAGCACUGUUUGAGGCUGCUAAUUUGUCUGGGUGGGAUCUAAGAAACACUGUAGACGGGCAUGAAGCCAAAUUUAUUAGGAAAAUUGUUGAAGCGGUUUUAAGGGAAGUCAACAGCACGUACUUAUAUGUCUCACUCUAUCCAAUUGGAAUAGAUUCUCGCGUGCAAGCCAUCACUUCCUUGUUAAGGGUUGGAGCCAAUGAUGUCCGCAUGGUAGGAAUUUGGGGAAUGGGCGGAAUAGGGAAAACAACCAUUUCUAAAGCCAUAUAUAACCAAAUGUUUCAUAGUUUUGAAGGUAAAAGUUUUCUUGCAAAUAUUAGGGAAACUUUUAAGCAACCUGAUGGUCAAGUUCGAUUACAGGAGCAACUUCUUGAUGAUAUAUUGAAGAUAGGCAAGAUAAAGGUGAAUAAUGUUAAUAGAGGAAUUACUAUGAUACAAGAAAGACUUCGUGGUAGAAGAGUACUUGUUAUACUUGAUGAUGUAGAUCAGUUGGAGCAACUCAAUGCCAUAGCAAGAAGUCGUGAUUGGUUCGGGCCUGGAAGUAGAAUUAUUAUCACAACUAGAGACGAGCAAUUGCUAAAGGCACUUGAAGUGGACGGAGUAUAUAUAGCCGAAGAAAUGUGUGAAAAUGAAUCUCUGGAACUCUUUAGUUGGCAUGCCUUUAGGAAUAGUUAUCCCACAGAAGAUUAUAUGGACUUGUCAAGAAGUGUUGUUGCUUAUUCUGGAGGAUUACCACUAGCUCUUGAAGUUUUGGGUUCUUUUCUAUUCUCUAGGAGUAUGCAAGAAUGGAAAAGUACAUUGGAGAAAUUGAAAAGGAUCCCUAAUGAUCAAAUUCAAACAAAACUUAGAAUAAGCUUUGAUGGAUUAAGUGAUAGUACUCAAAAAGAUAUAUUCCUUGAUAUAUCAUGUUUUUUUAUAGGAAUGGACAAAAAUUAUGUUAUACAAAUAUUGGAUGGCUGUAAUUUUUUUGCAGAGAUUGGAAUUAGUGUCCUCAUUCAGCGGUGUCUUCUUUCAAUUGAUGAGAGAAACAAGCUCAUAAUGCAUGAUUUGCUUCGAGACAUGGGAAGAGAAAUUGUUCGUGAAGAAUGCCCCAAAAUACCAGGAAAGCGUAGUAGAUUAUGGUUGGAUGAGGAUGCACUUGAUGUAUUGGCAAAACAUGAGGGACCAGAAGCAGUUGAAGGGCUUACUUUAAAAUUGCCAAGAUUAAGUGAGGUGACUUUCAGUACAAGAACAUUUAUAAAGAUGGAGAGAUUAAGAUUACUCCGCCUUGAUCAUUUACACCUUACCGGAGAUUAUGAACAUCUUUCUAAAGAUUUAAGGUGGCUCCGUUGGCACGGAUUCUCUCUAAAGUUUUUUCCAAACAACUUUUACUCAAGAAACCUAGUUGCAAUUGACUUGCGAUAUAGCAAUCUCACACAAAUUUGGAAAAAUUCCAAGCAAUUGUUCGAGAAGUUGAAAUUCCUAAAUCUUAGUCAUUCACAUUACUUGGCUCAUACCCCUAACUUUGCAAGACUCCCUAAUCUUGAGAAACUAAUACUCAAAGAUUGUAUAAGUUUGUUUGAGGUUCACCAAUCUAUUGGAGAUCUUAAUAAUCUUGUUUUGGUUAAUUUGAAAGAUUGCAAAAGUCUUCAAAGUCUGCCAAAGAGUUUCUAUAGGUUGAAGUCUCUUCAAACUCUCAUUCUUUCUGGUUGUUCUAAAUUUGACAAAUUGGCUGAGGAGUUGGGGAAGAUGGAAUCCUUGACAACUUUUCUUGCAGAUAACACUUCCAUAAGACAAGUGCCAUGUACCAUAGUACAACUAAAGAACCUCAAAUACUUGUCACUGUGUGGGUGUAAAGGAUCAGCAUCUAAGUCACUGUCUUCACUAGUUUUGUCUUGGAUAUUCCCGCAGAAAAGUCCCAAGCCAGUCCAUCUGUUGCCUGCUUCACUACAAGGCUUGAACUCACUAAGAGAGUUAAAUCUUAGUAAUUGCAAUUUAUCAUAUGCUGCAAUUCCUAAAGAUAUUGGGAGUUUAUGUUCCCUUCGAUCUUUAGAUCUACAAAACAAUCAUUUUCAUGGCUUGCCAUCAAGCCUUGGUGGUCUCUCGAAGCUUGAAAUUAUCACUUUGGAUAAUUGCACAAAGCUUCAAUCAAUUCCAGAUUUACCACCAAGUUUGAAUGUGGUGCAUGCGUCAAACUGCAUGGCGUUGGAAAGAUUACCAAAUCUAUCAAAUUUCUUACAUAUGGAAGCUUUGUACCUCACUAAUUGCAAUAAAUUAGCAGAGAUUCCUGGCUUGGAUAAGUUGUUGAAUUCCAUUAGCGAGAUUCAAAUGGAAGGGUGCAGCAAUUUAACAAAUAACUUUAAACAAAGCAUCCUACAGGAAUGGACUUUGAGUGGAUUUGGUAGUGUGUAUGGCAUUUUUCUCCCCGGCAAUGAUAUACCUGAUUGGUUUACGUAUAAGGAUGAGGGAUGCUCUAUAUGUUUUGAAGUGCCUCGCAUCAUUGAUCGUAAUAUGGAAGGGUUCGCUGUAUGCAUUAUUUAUUCAUCAUGUGGCAAUGGAGAGACAUGGUACGCUGGUGAUCUUCCUAUCAUUUCUGUACUCAGUAAAACCAAGAGUACCACUUAUCAAAAUGAAAGGCCAUUUAACAUUACUCUAGAAAUUUCGCAUGAAGAUCACAUUUGGAUAUUCAAUUUUGAUGAAAAUGAUGUCAAUUUGGAGGCCGGUGACGAAGUAGAGGUUAUCGCAGAUUUUGGGCCAGAAAUCGAUGUUAAGAAGAUAGGGGUUUGCCUAGUAUAUGGCAGGGAUAUUGAUGGAAAAAUGAUUCAUUAUACCUCUACAUCGAAUAAGGAUGCCAUUGUUGCAAUUGAAUCUAAAAGAGGCCUUGGUGAUGAUGAAGCAGAUUUGAGCCAUGGUCGUUUUGACGACGAUCGAGCGGCUAAGAGAUUGAGGUGUGAACAUAAUCCUGAUGAUAAAGCAGAAUCAAGUCAUGAAUGGUUGCUUUGACGACGAUCGAGAGCCUAAAAGAUUGAGGUUUGAAGAAGGAUAGCUCAUAUCACAAUAAGCAAGUGCAUUUCAUGAUUCUUUCUCAUUUGGACUCUUUUAAUUUUUUUGCUAAUUAAUUAUUUGAAUUAUGAAUCUGGGUUUCUCGAGAUUUGAUCUGUAUCAAAGAUUUCAGUAUCGAUUCUCAUCUUUCUUUUCAUCUUUUUUACAUUGAUUCUGAAGGUGUUUCAAAGAUUUCUUGAGGCUUCGGUGGAGUACUUUCAAUCUUUGAUUUGUUUUUCUGUCC